AUGGCCGAAGCUUUCGGCAUUGCCGGCAGCGCUUUCGGGACAGUCUCCCUGGGAAUUCAGUUAUUUACUGAGAUAACCAAGUAUCUCGAUAGCGUUGAGGGUCGGAAUGAGGAUCUCGACCGCGCAAAGAAUUAUGCUCGAGAUUUUCAAUCAUCCUUAAUCGCGCUGGAGACCUGGGCUUCUAGAACUGGUAUUAGCGAUGUCGACCUUGAAAGAGCGAUCAGCCAAGGACAAGCGAAUUGUGCGGUCGCCAUCAGCGAUUUGUCUAAAAUGGUGUCAGAGCUGAAAGGCCAGGAUCCUAUACCUAACAGUCGCGCCUCAAAGGCCCGAACUCUCAUGGUCAAAUUAACAUAUCCAUUCAAAAAGCAAAAUUUGGAGAACUUGGAAAAGCACCUGUUCAAUACAAUCAGCGUUCUGCGGUUCGCCCUAAGUGUUUUGCAAGUGUGA